AUGCCGCAUUUCAAUGAAGAAGAGGCGGCGGUCGAGCAGUUUCUGGCCGCCUUCAAUUUUAGUGAUAAAGGUGAGAGAGAGAGAGCAAGUGCGCUCCACCGAAAUUCGACGGGAAAUUUGAAUUUUGAGCGGUUCUCCGUGAAAACAGGAUUUUCUGUGGUUUUUGAUCAAAACAGGUCUGAAAUUGUGUAAAUCUAAGCAUUUUUAAGCUUCCCGGGAAACAUGUCUCAAUUUUGCGAAUUUAGGCCAAAAACGAGCAAGUUUCGUUCAAAAAUGCUCAAGAGAGCUCUUCUACACGAAAAGUUUGAAUUUUCAUCGAAAAGACCUUGAACCAAGGGUGAUGCCCGUUUUUGUUUUCAUAAAACACGCAUUUUUCAGUUGACGUGGAAACAGUACGAAAAGGUCUCUUCUCGCAAAGACAACUCAGCGACGUGAAUGCCUCCCGUGACUAUGUGGAUCAGUUUAUCAAAAAAUGUAUUCGAUUUUCAUGAUUUUCCAAUUCGUCAUUUAAUAUAGGCGAGCGCCGCGAUCCGACGGGCGUGAAGCCGCUGAAGAAGCGCGUGGACGCGGUGAUGAACGAAUCGGAGCAAAUGACGCUGAUGAUGGACUUUCUCGUGCGGUGCCGACAGGCUCACCUCUUCCACAACCCGGGCGGAAGCGCGACGCCCUCCAUCGGCUCCUCCUCCAACACCACCACUCCGUCCGUACAGUCGUCGCCGUUCCAGAGACGAUCCGCCAGUCGAACCAGGGUUCUCAGCACACUCAGUAAGCGCUUCUUGCCGUUUGAAAGCCUGUAUCAUCACACUUUACCGCUUUUGCCUUCCUUACAAUUAGUACUCUCGUACCGGCGACGUUUCACAGUUCGUACGACGUUCCAACCAUGUCAUCCUUACGGGCUUAUUCAGUGUAAUUUUUGUGGCAGCUUUUAUUCCUCCAGUUCUCAUAGCUCGUAUUAGAACGACACCAACAGACGUUCGAUCAAAACUCUUGUAGAGACAUCAAAAAGUGGAUGUAUAGUCUUGAUUGAACGGCUUUAAAGUACCGCUAUAUAACAGAUUCUAAGAUUCGAUGUUAGUGUAAAAGUGUGCUGUUUCAGCGGGCGAGCCGAGUCUGACGAACGAGAGCACCCGCUCGCGCGCCAACUCCUCGUUCACCUCCUACGACAAUCGAAUGAUCGGAGUGGAGCGGCAGCGGCCGAAGAGUCCGUACCGGAUGGCCACCAAUUCGGUGAUUCCCAGCACACGAGUCACUCCCCUAACGGCCAGCAAUCACUUGUUCGCGUGAGUUCAGACUGUUGUCAAAUUGAGGAGAAAAUGAGGAAAGUAUUUAUUUUCGAGCUUCCCGGAAUCUUCGAUUUGCGAAUUGAAACGCUUAAAAACACAAAUGCUGAACAAAGCGGUAAAACGUUUCUAAACUUUUUAGAAGUCAACACGAUAUUACUCUGGAAGACGAGUGGGUUUCACCGUGUGAAUUCUAAUCAAUAUUUUUCCCCCUACUAGAACUUAUUUACUCACUUAAUACCACCCCACAGUAGCUGUUUCAAUUCCACUCUCCCUCCUUUCAGUACGAACCAAACGUUCACGACGCCGACAAACCAUCCAACCGGCUACCUUCGGAAUCGAGACGACUCUCCGUCGGCGUACCUCCAACAUCGGGCGACGCCCACGCACACAAUGUUCACGCCGCAGCCGCCGACGGACGCGUCGAUUCGCAGCCAGCAGAGCAGUGUCAAGACGACGACGCCGCUUCACGCCCGGAUCGGAAGUGCCAUCAGUACGUUGGGUCAGAAUUGCAACACGCCGGGCCGGGCCCCAAAUUUUUUUUAUGAAUUAUUCAAUAGAUUGCAACAGUGGUCACCCACUUUUAGCAACUUUGUGAACAACGUCUUUGGGCUGGCCCGGAAUCUUGCCAGUCAACUUUGAAAGAAGUGAUAAUGAAAAUGAAUGCACAAGUGGAUUCCAAGAAGUCCGCUGCCUCAGCUUGACAAUUGAAGUACAGAACUUCUCGGAAUCCGCUUGAAGAGAUCAUUGAUUUCACUUUUGCACUCCUUUCGUUCAAUUAUCUGAAAAUGGCACCCUGAAUAGGCACACCUUUCCCCAUCUUCAAACAUUUGCAGCUCAUCCGGAAUCGCACGUGUGCGAGUGCCUUCUCUCCGCACUUCUUGGCAUGGAAACGCGUCUGUUCAGGCCGAUUCAUCGAAAAAUGAGCAUCACGUCGACGGCUUCGCUUUCCACGGUAAUAGCGGUGAUUGUGAAGUAUUAGUUUUGGAGCAGUCAACGAAAGCUCGAGUCUGAGGCCUGAAAUUGUAGGCUUCUUGCAGAAGCAAAGCAUUUAGGCUUCUUCAUAUGAGAAAAAUUGAGGUCCCACUAGACCUAGGGACCCUAAAUUCCAGUGUUGGUAUAGAUAAUCUACCUUGAUAGUUUUAACACAAGAAAAGCUUUCCAUAUUUGUUCUGUUUGCAGUCGCACGCGGCGGUGGCCCAAAGAGUGCUCUGCGUGGCCAAUCUCUACCUGCUCCUGUCCUAUCGAGAGCCCAACCAACCCGCGGAGGGCUCCGUCUCCUCGGCCCUCCUCGCCUCGAUCCGUUUCGUUCUCGGCGACUACACUGUUGAUAUUGACGGUCUGCGGCGGCAGAAAAACCUGAAAAUGCAUCAAAUCCUGCCGCUCAUCGACAAAUGGCACGUCCACCUGGAGCUGCUCGCCAAGGCGCAUCGCCUGAGGUUAGUGGGCAAGUGCGCUCCACCGAAAUUUCGUAUAAAUUUUGCAGAAACAUAGACCAACUGGAGCUGCUGGAGGCCCUUUACAUGCUCCACUGCUCGUACAGUUUCGACGACGAUCGCCGACGCGUGCUCGACAAAAUACUCGAGUACACGAUGGGCGUGUUCUGCAACCAGAUGAUGGAUUGGAUGACGAACGGAGAGACGCCGCCCGAGAAAUGGAUGAUACGAAAGGACGCGACACAGGGAAUCGCACUCAGAAAAGUGCCCGUCUUCAUGAGCGACGUCGACGCGAGAAUUGUAAGGAAAACAUGAGCAUGGACAUUUGACCCCCCGUUCAAAUUUUAACAACAAAUUUCUACAGCUUUUGUUCAAAUGUUCAAUUUCCGUCCACAUUUCAGCUUCUCGAAAUCGGAAAAUCUCUGCCACGCAUCGAAUCGGCGUCCGACGAAGAUUUGGCGGCAGUCGACAAAGCAACUACCGUCGUCCGCAGCGCGCUGAACUGCCAAGUGAUCUUCCGUCGCGAACUGACUCCCCUUCUCCGGAUCCUUCGGGACGUCGUGUGCGGAAUAGUGAUGAGACAAGUGCUGACGACCGGGCGCCUCAAAGAACACGUCCGCAAAGCCACCUCGUUCUUUUUGCUCGACGAUCCACGAUUCACGAUCACUCUUUUCAAUAUCAUCAAGUAUUUGAUAUUCAAUUUUUGCCAUUCAACCGCACUAUUCUCGCCUUCCAGAGACGCCUCGUACGGAAUGCCGGUCGGAAAGGUCUCGUUGAGCCGGCAGCAAGUGAGCGGAGCACUCGCGAGCGCUCUCGAAGCGACCACGGCCAGUGGGCAGAGCGAGAACGAGCAGAAGAGGGACAAGCUCAAGUUCAAGCUCGAUGUGCUCACCUCGGUGAGUGAUUUAGGCUGAAAAAUGCGAAUUUUUUUUAGUCCGGGUGAUCUUUUUUGUUGAAAACUUCCGCCAAAAGUGCGGUAGAGCGCACUUGCCCAACCAACGCACUUUAUUUUCAGCUGGACGGAACGCCGACAGUCUCGCCGAAAAUGGACUUUGUGCGGCCGCUGCGUCCGAAGUACGAGCCGACGAUGGAGAUUAUGAAGCCGAUUUUUGCGGCGUGUGAUAACGAGUGAGUAUCCUAGGCCACGGUCACAGUUUUCCUGUAAUUUGUCACAACCGGGCCGGAUUUUUCCAACUAUAGAUCACAUUUCGCUUUCAGAUACGAGUCGAUCUUCCACGUGAUCUGGGCGAUCGACCUGGCGCUGCUCUCCUCGCACGAGGCCUCCGCUCACCUGCCGGCAAUGAAGCGCUUCGUGCAGAAGGUGUACUGCCUUCGCGAGAACACGUGGUGCCUGAUCAACAUGCUCUCGCACACCUUCCUCCUUCUCAACGCCUCCCUCUCCCGCGUGCGCAGUCUGAUUUCCAUGCAGGCCGCCCAUCACCUCUCCCGAUUCGUGGCCGCCAUCGACGAGAAGUGCGACGACGUGGACGACGUGAUCGCCGAACACCGCAAAUUCGUACUCCGUCUCUGCGUCGUCGUCUUUGUCCGAAACAACGAUCGCAUCGAAACGGAGCUCUCGAACCUGUUGCUGUUGGCGUUCGACGUGCAAAAAGUGGUCGAGGAGGUGUGGAGGGUGUGGAAUGAGGUGAUCGAGACGACGAAGGACGACGAGAACGUGCGGAAGGCGCGCGUCGCAGAAAUGUGCCAGAAGAGGAUUGUCGAAGUGCGAUUGCUCUACGACAAGGCCAAUGUGAGUAGAAUGUUUAUUUUUAUUUUAUUUUUUUUUAGACUGAAAAAAAUCAAAUUUUUUGCAAUACUUACCGUGACUUUGACUCUGCUUUCCAAUUUUUGAAAGCACGCUUCGAUUCAGCAUAGCCGUAUCACUCUGUUUUUUUUUCAGAAAUCCGUCCAAGAGUACUUCCCCAGAAAAUUUGCUUUGUUUUGAAGUAUGUUUAGUGAAAUUUUCGCGAAACAUGGAUGUCUAGGUCAAAAACAGAAAGUUUCACUCAACAUACUUUAAUCUGGGCUCCAAAUGAACGCCUUUUCUUUCAGAAAACGCAGAAAAACCUGACGGAACUGUUAGAUCACCAGAUCGCGUUCGGCAACGAAGCGCUUCUCGAAUAA